AUGAUUGGUGAUACUAGUAGUGACUGUACUAGUAAUGACAAGGGAAAAGGUGUGGCUCAUGCUUUACCUGUGGUGAUCCCUACUUCCUCCUCUCAUGGAGAGAAACUUGAGAAGUUCAAUGGAACUGAUUUCAAGAGGUGGCAACAAAAGAUGCUUUUCUAUUUGACCACACUCAAUUUGGCCAAGUUCUUGAAGGAAGAUGCUCAUGCUACUAGUACUACUACAGAAGUGGUUCCUACUGUAGAUGCAUGGUAUCACUUGAAAAGAAAUACAAGACUGAAUAUAUGCUGGCAUGAAGAAAUUCGUGGUUGGUUGAUUUCUUGA